AUGACUGAGCCCCCCAGAGCAACCGAGGGAAGAGGACCUACUCCAGGACAGACUGCCGCUCCCGAGUACCCGGCCGCGUCCUUUCCCACCUGGCAGCCAGACACCUCAAGCCAAGCAGCCUUCCCUGCCGACUGCCACUACCAGCCAGUAGACCCCACCAAGAACUACCUCCUCCCACCUCCAGGGCCCCAGUAUGGCAUCAUGAACCCCUUUACUUCUUUGGAAGCCAGCGUUUAUGGGCCGGCAGGACCUAGUCCCACCGAGGCAGUGUACAGUUCCAAAAUGGCGUCAGCGGUGGAUUAUGAGGCGGCGGUCUCUGAAACCGGGCCUUUGGACCUCUUCCCCGCUCCUGGGGGUGUCUGCCUGCAGCAAGAACUGAACAACCCCUGCCUCCUUCCUGAGGAGAAUUUCCCAGCCUCAUCCCUGGAGGUGGAUCCAGGGGAACUGGCCCAAGCUCGGGCGGAGAUCCGGAAUACAGAACUGCCUCUUCUGCUACAUCAAGAUGAGGACGGAGACACGUUUCUGCAUCUAUAUGUGGCCAAAGGACACCGGCCACUGGCAUAUGCUACUGCUGAGGUAUUCCGGGAGUGUGGCCAGCUUGAUGUCAAAGAGCACAGGGGGAAGACUCCUCUGCUAGUGGCGGCUGCAGCAAAUCAGCCUGGGAUCGUGAAGGACCUGAUUGUGCUGGGAGCGGACGUCAAUGCUGCAGACCAGAAGGGGCAGACUGUGCUGCACCUUGGCGCCACCUAUGGGCUGCCCAGUGUCAUUGAGGCCGUCAUGAUGACUGGUGUCCCAGUCAAUGUCGAUGCCAGAAAUUUUGAAGGUCUGACCCCCUUGCAUUGCGCUGUCAUAGCUCACAAUGCUGCCUUCCAGUCCCAAAGCAUGGAUCCGUUGUCUCAGCAGCAGCUCCAGAACUUCCUGCUCUGUAUCCGCUUGCUCCUCGAACUCGGGGCCAACUACAAGAGCCAGGAACUGAAGAGCAGCAAAACCAUUCUGCAUUUGGCCGUCCAAGCUGCAAACCUGCCUUUGAUCCAGUUCCUUCUCCAGCUGCCUGAAGGAGAACUCCAGAACUUUGUCAAUAUGAAGGCCCACGGGAACACCGCCUUGCACAUGGCUGCUGGUCUACAUGGGCACCUCUUUCAGGAGCAGAUUGUGCGCCUCCUGCUGCAUCACUGGGCUGAUCCGAGUGCGCGGAACCUGGAGAACGAACAACCAGUUCACCUGUUGGCACCAGGCCCAGCGACAGAACAGCUACGCCUGUUGCUUAGGAGCCGCCGUUUGGGCCCUGGACCAGCUCAUCUCCCCUCUUUCCCAUGAAGACCGCCUGUCAAGCUAAACCCCUCAGCAGAAAACCGUCUCUUUUUCAGCCACCCAGGAAGUGAAGGAGUGUCAAUUUGGGGGGUGUUGUUGUUUAUAUUGUUUUAUCUUAUGUGACAAGGAAACUUUGCCUUGUGCUGCCUGUAUUUAACUAACUUAUUGGAUAGGGGGGAGGGUGUGCCUGACUUUCCUUGCUGAUGCCGGCCAAUAGUCUAUCCCCAGUGGCGCCGGAUUAUCUCCCACUGCAGGUGACCCACUGCAGUGCUGGCAGUGUGGAGGGCUUUGACUUCUCCACUGUCUCUGGAUCCUUUCAGCCCCAGGCUAGUGAGCAGGGAGGGAACAAAGGUACUCUUCCACCACCACCCAGCACCACCGGGCUCACCCUCAUCAGCAAGGAAGCGGUUCAGGCUCUGAGUGCGAAUUCUGUCAACCAGCUGCUUCCCCCACUGGAGUUCUAAGUGCUCCUGUUUGGUAUCCUUGCAUGCAAGGGAGGGGGAGGCAGCUGCCAGGUUCGCCCCUCUCUAUCCUCUUAGCUGCCGCAAGUAUCAUUUCUGUGAAAUGGACUUUUGUUAUUGAACCAUAUUGGUUUUUGGCAAAAUUUGGAUCAUAUAGUAGCACAGGGCUGGCCUUUGCCGGAGGAAUUACUUCGGUGAAACUGAGUUGCUGUUUAGGCCAUCUCUGGUGUGAUCCACUUAUUGAUGCUACGUCUUAAAACCUAAGAAAGUUCCUCUAACUUUUUAAUUCAAAGAAUUGCACAGAAGGGGGAAAGGAAAUCCCACUGGUUGGAGCUUCUCGCAACUGUGGCAUGGGAGUGAUCUUCCAAGCCGCAACUGCCGAAAUUGCCCCUCCUGUGCAAAUCUUAGGACACGGGCGACUACCUUGUGGCACCCAGAUGUUGUUGAACCACCACUCCCAUGAGCGGAGUCCAGCCUGGCCAGAGAUCAGGGAUGAUGGGACUUGAAGUUCAGCAACAUCUGGAGGGCCGUGGGUGUCUCGCCCCUUGCCUUCGGGUAUUUCUCUACAAAAUUAACCGGCUUAAUUGUUGUUCCUUCUCUCUCCACAACCGGGGAACCCUUGGAACUGUAGUUCCAGUGAGUGGUCUUUUAAGAGGAGCCUCUGCUCCUUCGCCCAAAUGACAGUUCCCAGGAGUCCCUGAGGCGAGGCAGGAGCUGCAACAGUUAAGCCGGCCUUGAAACAACGUUGUGGUAGAGAACUGCCCUCUUAAGAAGUCAGAGGUGCCCUCUCAGGAGAUGAAGUUGGCAGCCGACUUAAUUGCACCUCAAAAUAACCUGAGGCAAAUGACAAUAUGCACACUUUUUCAGUGCUGCCCCUCUGACGCUUGGAAUCAGUCUGGAGGCCCUCAGGCAAGAUGGGGGCCUUCCGUAUUCUAAGCUGCGGGGAUAAACACUGCGUGUUUUUUCUUGAUUUAGGCUCCGGCCUGCGAUGCACCCGCUCACAGCAUCUGUGCGCAGAAACCUGUAGCCAGGUCUCCCUGGCUUAAUUGAGAGAGCUCUGUGUAGCUCACACUCUUAUCUCUGGCUCAUUGCCAAGGAAGCAGUCUCUCUCUCUCUCUCUCUCUCUCU